AAGCACACAGAUUUCAAGGUAAAUUCAGUAGGCGUGUGCACAGAUGAAAGUUCAUGUCAAUAGAGAUAAAGCUUAGUUCAGCUUUUAGACUCCUGAUGUUUAUGUUUGUUCUGAGAAAGAAGCAACAAUAUGAAUAAGUCACUCUGCGUCUUAAUUUUAGCUGUUCUGCUUUUUAAAGGUGUGGACAGUGUCAGCCUAACAGAUGAAGAUUAUGAAAUGGCAGACAAACUCUUCACAUUUGAAGCUAAAGCAUUUUUGAAACUCCUGGACAAUUUAAUAGAGAGAGGAAAUUUGGUUAUCAAAGACAAUGAUAUCAAGAAAACGGGUACUGAUAUGCAAGACUUGUGGAUGUCUGUGAAGGAGAUGAUCAAGAGGAUCAAUGCUGAGGAAGGAGCUAAAGGACAUGAUAAGUUCAUCGUGGCACUGCGUUUUUUUCGCAGACUGGCUGAACUUUACGAAGAGGAGGUUAAUGAUCUGUUAAGCGCACUCCUCAGUAAGGAUCUGCGAGAAUCAUUUGGCUUGUUUAAGGGGAUCUUCAAAAAUGGAAUGGACCUCUGGAAACAUGUGGAGUCACGCUACCUUCCAGGAGCUCCACCAAUCGACAGAUAUCCCCUGGGGUUCCUUGCCCACCUUCUGUCCAAGAUGGUGGCACAGCCACAGAUGGUUAAAGUCCUAAAAGUUGCUGCAGAAGUUGGAAAGAUAGACAUCAAUCAACUUUUUGACAAAGUAAAAAACGCUGUGCUUCAGCUCAGAGAGAAGGCCAUGGAAAUUUCUGCCUUAGAAGAACAGAAUGAGCAAGAUGAGUUUGUAAUAACAUUGAGAACUGUAUCUGGAGUUCUUGCAUUUUACUGGGAUAAACUAGUGGAAUACACUGAGAGCCGGCCAUUCCAUAACAUGUAUUUAGCUGCUGUAAGGAGAUGGAAGGAGUUGAGAGUGUUGAAAAAUACUGAAAAAUAUCAUACGAUUAUUAGCCCAGAGACAGGACUUCAAGUCUGGACUUGGGCAGAUGAGCGUUUUGGUGAUCUUUUUGACAGUGGAGCCCUAGAAUAUGUUCGCUGGGGUAAUGGGAUUUUUGGAGAUAAGAGAUUCAGUCAGUCCAACUGUGCCAUUAUGAAAAUUGUGACAGUUUACCCUCUUCCAAUUUAUGAAAAAUUGUCUGAAAUUGGCCUUGGGAUAUCUGAAGUUAAUGUUUUUUUUAUUGCCACUGAAGACACUCUCACUGAAUUAGUAGGCAAGGACAUCUUGUCCAAUUUGAAGGGCGUGCUUUAUGAAAUGUGGAAUAUUGUUAGUAGUGAAAUAUUGCAUGUCUCCAUAAACAAGAAAAACCAAAUAAUACCAAAUGUAGAUAAUGAGGACCCACUGCGACAUUUACACAAAAUUAAAGCAACAUGCUUUGACAUCUGGGACAGAGUUCUCUUUAAGAUCAACAGAAAUAUUAAUAAUGAUGGACUCGAGCAAUCAGCAAGGCACUGGGAUGAAGUGAAAAGCAUUUUCAUUAAAGAGUUGAUUGACAGUGGCAAAUUAACUCAAGAGAAGCUUGAUAAAGCACAAAAAUCCUUUAAUAGUGUCACACAAAUGGUCUUCAACAAAUAUGUGAAAAUGAUCGAUGGUCUGGAGGAAAGGAUCAGUGCUUCCACUAAAACUCUUAGAAAAUUGAUGCUGAAGACUUUUUCUGCCACAAAUACUGUCCUGGUUAAUAGUCUGGCCUUUCUGCUGUCUGAUUAGUUUCUCUCAAGGCAGGUCAUUCUGUGACCUAUGAAUAAGCCUUAUGCUGAUUUAGAGAAAUUUAUAUCACUUGCUCACCAAUGGAUCAUCUUCAGUGAAUGUGUGCCAUCAGAAUGAGCGUUCAAACAGCUAAAAUAAAAACAAAAAUCACAGUGAUUCAGAUGUAAUGACUUUUUCACUGGAGAAAACAAUGAAAUUGAUAGAAGGCUCAUUUGAAAUGAACAGGUCUUAAUGAUGGAUUUAUUUAAUACAAACACAUAGCCAGACCUUAACUGAUGGACUGGAGUUGUGUUGAUUAUAUGUGGAUUAUUGUGAUGUGUUUAUUAGCUGUUUUGGACUGUUUUAUUCUGACUGUAAAUUCUUCCUUUAAUGCUGAAUUUAAAUAGUUUCACAUUAUAUACUGUCUGUAUUACUAACCGUAUUACAUUUCAAAAUAAUAAUGAUUUUAUGACCUUUAUUAAUUUCUAAAUAAAGAAUAGCGUAGUCUGAAUGAAAUUCUAGUCUACCAAAGCACAAUGCAAAGAUGGUGGCAUAAGAUGGCAGCAGUGAGUUGGAGAAAGUGUGUCUAACAUCUGUUUGUGGGUCUGCAAAGUCAGCAAAAAAGAAAAAAAGCAACAUGCAUCAAUACUUGACUGCCCUUGGUUGUACUUUGAGUGUGCAUUAAAUCUUUUUCUUGUAUCUUGAGCAUUUCAUCUGUUAGAAGUGGCCUUGAACGGACAAAUAUUCAUGUACAUAUGCAUUCAUAUACAUAUUUAACAUGAGUAAUGUAAAUUGGUGUAAUUCCCCACACAUGAAUUAUACAGCUCAGCUAUCUCAAAUAUAACUGCAUUAAUAUGUUGGCUAAUAAAGAGAAACAGACAUUCAACUAA